AUGAGUGCUCAACCAGCCCCAAAGUGGUACCCAUCCGAAGAUGUCUCUGCCCAAAAGAAGACUAGAAAGGCUUCCCGUCCACAAAAGUUACGUGCCUCUUUGGUCCCAGGUACCGUCUUGAUCCUAUUAGCCGGCCGUUUCAGAGGUAAGAGAGUCGUCUACUUGAAGCAUUUGGAAGACAACACUUUGUUGGUCUCCGGUCCAUUCAAGAUCAACGGUGUCCCAUUGAGAAGAGUCAACGCCAAGUACGUCAUUGCCACUUCCACUAAGGUUGCUGUCGACACCGUCGACGUUGCCAAGUUCAACGUGGAAUACUUUGCCAAGGAAAAAUUGACCAAGAAGCAAAAGAAGGAAGCUAACUUGUUCCCAGAACAACAAGUCAAGGAAAUCAAGACUGAACGUGUGGAAGACCAAAAAAUCGUCGACAAGGCUUUGUUGGCUGAAAUCAAGAAGACUCCAUUGUUGAAGCAAUACUUGGCUGCCUCCUUCUCCUUGAAGAACGGUGACAAGCCACAUUUAUUGAAGUUUUAA